GUUUCGAAGCUUCUGUUGGUUGACGGAGAACAGAAGUCAAUGAGUCAAGAAAGAGAGAGAAGAGAGACAAGAGAAGAGAGACGAGAGCUCAAGGAGAGCAAGAUCAAGAAGAGAGAGAUAGAUAGCCAUGGCGAUAUCCAAGAGCCUCAUUCUGGGGAAUACGGUCGUCCAUUUGGAAGCUCGUGGAGUACUCGCUCCACGAGAACAACCCCAAGUUGUCAUCCGGAUUCGCUUCAUCGGCUUCGACAGUUCGGCCAACACGCUCUCCAUCCUCCAGGCGGCUAUCCAUCGCUUCCAUCUCGGCCAGAUCCCGUUACCCAGAGCUCUUCCAACGAUGGUCUCCACCGUGGUAGCCCGCAUCCAUGGCGUCCACGCGACAGUCCGGCGGCUCUGUAACGACCUGCUGCUCAGUUUCUCCUCCCUAGUUUCAGCGCAGAUGAUGGCUGGAUCGGCGCUCGAGCUCCUCAUCCAAAUCGGCCUGCUACUCGGACCCGGUGCGUCGAAUCAAGACGUCGAACUCAUGCAUGACUGGAUGCUGGAGAAUCCUCCGGAGGAAGAGGAGGAGAUGGGUGGGGCUGUGUAUGAUCAUUAUCUCUACGAGGGCGUCGAUGUCAGCCAUGGUGGAUUUGGCGGUGUGCCGGCGAGCAGGUCUUUCAUUGAGGGGCUGCAGCGUUCGCCGUAUGGUCGAGGAGACGGCGUUCGGGAGGAGCAGUGUGUGAUAUGCUUGGAGAAGUUUGAUGCCCGGGCGGAGGUGAGCAAGACGCCGUGCUCCCACGCCUUCCACAGCCGGUGCAUCAUCCAGUGGCUGGAGAUGAGCAACCUCUGCUCUAUUUGCAGAUCCCAGAUGCCCGCGGCCUGCUCCCACUGAUGGGACCAGCCUAGUUCAUAUGUCUGUUUUGUAUCUGCUUUCUUGUUUUGUUUGAUUUCUUAUCUUUGUAAUUGUAUCGAUCACUAUGCAAAUGCAUGCUACAGUGAUUAAAUCUUUAAUUAAUCAGUGAAGAGUUCUCUUGCUUUCUUUCA